UGAGUUUGGCUUUCCGUGCCCUAGCGAGGCCUUUGGCAGGACCCCAGGUUUGCUGAACAGGUGGCCAUCGCACAGUGCCAUAGUCGUCGACGGUGGAGCGACAUUGGUACAAGGUAAGGUUGUAGAACGAGCAGACUACGAAUGAAGAGUGUGCACUGGUUCUAGGUUUAUACCCUUCGUCGUACAUUCAGCAAACUCGUUUAUUGUGUCUUAGCCUACGACAGAGCAGCCAGUAUCUUUAGUGUUGCGGUCCCACUGUGUUUCAUAGCUACGAUAGUUUGCAAGCGGCGGCUACGAAUUGCGACAUUCGCAGUACUGUGACACGCACACGGCUUUGACAAGGUCAGCAGGUUCUGCACCCAUGACUCUACCAAUUGGAAGUGAUCCAGGAACUCCACCGUCUCUGGAUGCUUCGUCUUCAGAGGCUCCAAGUACGGCUUCGGCCACACGGUCGCGGAAAAGGUCUCAUUCGCUUACUAUAGAGGUGAUUGUAGAAGACGCAAAGAGACGAAGAGGGGAUGAAGAUACAGAAGGAGGCAGAUCUACGAGUCGCCGACUGACGAGGGCUGCGGCUCGUUCCCGCAGCAGCUCAACCAUUCGGACGGAUGACGUGAAUUUCGAUGUGCCUUUAGAUGAGGCAACAGAAGAAGAACAGCCAUUACCAUCAAAACGUCGUCGUGCAGUAUCACGCAAAGUGACAGAUUAUACGGUAACAGAUGGACCUGCGACACCUCGCUUACAGGUGCGAACGUCGACAAAUCUUCCUGAAGUUCCAACAACCCCUACGACAAGAAGAUCUCGUCGCUCUUCAGUUAGAAACGACGCUGCACCUCGAACACCCCGCCUUUCCCGACGCACCUCAGCUUUGCGGAUUAAGGCUCAGGAUCUGGAAGGGAUGGAGACUGCCCAAGACGUGAAUGCGGAUGACGGCCCUGUCGCCGCCGGUCCUUUGGAAAGCGAAGAAAAUGAGGAAUCAGCAGCUACCCCGACCAAGCUCAAUACCAGUAUCCUUGUAUUAAGUGACUCAGACGACUCUAUACCACUUUCCACAAAACGGAAGCUGAGACUACCAUCCAUGAAAGGCAAAGGAAAGAUAAUAUCUGAUGAUGAAGUGUCUUCACUGAGCGAAGUGGACACGGGUUCAUUUGACUUUGAAGAUAACGUGUCAGAAAAUGGUGCCGGUCCGUCACAGCCGUCAAAACCUAAGCGAAGCGUCGGCGCAAGAAAGGGCGCAAAACAAAAGGCUCCUGCACGGAGGAGGACAACCAUCAGAAGCAAUUCAAAUGUCGACGAGAAUGAUGACAGCGAUGAGCCCUUAUCCGUGCGCAAAGCUUCCGCUUCGCGGCGGAAACCUGCUGUAGUUUCAGACGACAGCGACAGUGACUUUGAUCUUGGCUCGGUGCGAUUAUCAGACGCAGAGGCAGAGGAAGAAGCAGAGGACGAAGAGACUGAGGAAACAGCAGCCCCUAUCAGUGCGCCCCCCACACGCCGCCGGAGAGGCCGUGGGGCAGCAGCAGCCGCCCGUCGACAAGCGAAAAAGGACACAAAAGGGACGUAUGAUUUCCAUCCUGAACUUGUUACAGUUUGGGAGCAAUUGGAAAAGGAAGUUCAGGUGAUCGUCCCUCAACAGGCUGAGCAACCGCAAGACGUGAAUGUAAAGCUGCUCCCAUUCCAACGUGAGGGUUUGUUUUGGUUACUCGAACAAGAACGCGGUCGAUUCGGCGGAGGUAUUUUGGCAGACGAAAUGGGAAUGGGCAAGACAAUUCAGAUGAUUUCUUUGCUGGUGUCAAAGCGGAUGAAGCCAAACCUGAUCCUCAGCCCUACCGUCGCCAUUAUGCAAUGGUUAGCUGAGUUAAGGGAGCGGACGACGCCGGGAACAUUUAAAGUCCUUCUCUUCCAUGGCAAUAACAGGCCCACCACGCGAGAAGAAGUUGAAUCGUACGACGUUGUUCUCUCCACCUAUGCUAUUAUUGAGCAGGGCUUUCGUAAGAUGCAGUACGGCUUCAAACGAAAAGGUGAAACGAUCAAAGAACCUUCGCUUCUUCACUCGGUGAACUGGGCUCGCGUUGUUUUAGAUGAAGCGCAUGCGAUCAAGGACCGCAGUUGUUCCACCGCACGUGCAGUAUUUGCUCUCAAACGCCAGAAACAAUGGUCCCUCUCUGGAACGCCAUUGCAGAACCGUGUGGGAGAGUUAUAUUCCUUGAUUCGUUUCAUGAACUGUGAUCCAUUUAGUUACUACUUUUGCAAAAAGUGCCCAUGCAAAAUGCAGACGUGGUCGUUUACGGAUCGGAAGCAUUGUGAUGGGUGCGGACACAUUAGCCAUCAACAUUUUUGUUGGUGGAAUUCAGAGAUUUUGAAGCCGAUCCAAAAGUACGGUGCAGAAGGCGAAGGUCUGGUGGGGUUCAAGAAGCUGGGAUGUCUAUUGGAUCGCAUCAUGUUACGGCGAACAAAACUGGAACGCACCGAGGAGCUUGGAUUGCCGCCCCGAGUUGUCACGGUUCGAAGGGACGUUUUCAACGACGCUGAAGAAGAAUUGUAUGAGAGUUUGUAUUCUGACUCGGCGCGUACAUUUUCUACCUACGUGUCGAACCAUACUGUCUUGAACAACUAUGCCUCCAUUUUCUCGUUGCUCUCACGUAUGCGAUUGGCCGUCAACCAUCCCGAUCUUGUGACCACCCGAGUGGCCAUUGCCUCCAACACGGCUACAGAACACCUUGUGUGUGGUAUAUGCCACGAAGAAGCCGAAGAUCCCAUCAUGAGUAAAUGCAAACACGUGUUUUGUCGUGAAGAUGCGCGACAGUAUAUUCAGAGUGCCCCCGACGAGGAUACGCCGACAUGUCCCAUGUGUUAUAAGCCGUUGACGAUUGAUUUGUCACAACCGCAGGUGAUACCUAAAUCUGGUGGAGAGGGGAUAAAGAGUAGUAUCGUAAAUUAUAUUGACAUGGCGAAAUGGCGGAGCAGCUCCAAGAUUGAGGCUCUCGUUGAAGAACUCACCGCCCUCCAACGAGACGACUCGACCUCCAAAUCCAUCGUCUUUUCCCAAUUCGUCGCCUUUUUAGAUCUCAUUCAAUGGCGUCUCUCCCGGGCUGGAUUCAAUGUCGUUAAACUUGAUGGACGUAUGGCUCCCCAACAGCGGGACACGGUGAUUAAAAGCUUUAUGACUGAUCCGACUGUGACGGUGUUUUUGGUGUCGCUCAAGGCUGGAGGUGUUGCAUUGAAUUUGACUGAAGCGAGUCGGGUGUUUGUGAUGGAUCCGUGGUGGAAUCCGGCUGUUGAAGACCAAGCCUUUGACCGAAUUCAUCGGUUAGGACAAUACCGACCCAUUAAAAUCACUCGAAUGAUUAUCGAAAACUCUAUUGAAUCGCGUAUUCUGCAACUUCAAGAAAAGAAAAAAGCUUUAUUUGAGUCGACGGUUGGGAAGGAUAUGGAUGCGCUUGCAAAGUUGUCGGAAGAGGAUUUACGGUUCUUGUUUGUUCUUUGAUGGGUUGUCGGUUUUGAAGCAUGUUUUAUAUAUAUAGUCUAUUCUUGCAAAUAUUGAGUGUUUGUUACGGGUUGAAUAUGAUACUUGAGUGCAUGCGAUCAUCAGCUCCAACAAUUAAAAUAGACAAAUACAGAAAGAAGCGAGAGAGAGAAUGGAAUAAAUAACGAUAAAAAUAAAAUGCACCAAAAAAGAAUAAAAAGC